AUGCCCUACUCACUCUUCCCCUGGGUUUGGUUCUUUCUUUCUCUUACACUUUCCAUGGGCGUUAACUUGGUGGAAACAAAAUAUGUAUUUUUAGACUUUUUCACCAAGCGAUUCGCCCAUGGAAAGAACAACAAAGACGUACGAUCACGUCGUCUAAUACACGUCGUGUGGCACAAGGAUCGAGAAGGGCUCUGCUCCCGGGCCGAACAGGUGUUCAGAUGGCAGCCGGCGCGACUGUUUCUCUAUGGCUAUACCAAAGACGACGAUGGCAUCGAGCUCUGGCUCUUCGAUCGUAUUGGCAUCUACCGGACAGGGCCUAUCCUCCCCAAGCAACUGACCCUCAAGAAACUCAUAGCCUACUACAAAGGAAUGUCCGAUUACCAACUUGGCCUCAACCCAUUGAUUUGUACCGACGAAUCUGGACAUGAAUGCAUUUUUGUGAAGGGCUCGGGAAAGCUCGAGUCUUGCCUCAGCGACUCUCCGAGAGAAUACAAACUCCGUCUCGAUAAGGACCCCAUCACCCACACUCGGGACAUCGUCAGUCACAGACCGGUGGUUUACUGUGCAAGAGAUGACUAUGGUGGGGAGUUUGUGGUUAAGUUCUCCGUCGACAAAGCUCAAAUCUCUCAUGAGGAAAGGCUUCUGCGCCGAGUCACGGAACGCAAGAUAUGGGGCGUUGCUCAGCUCGUUGAUUUUCAAACUCGAGGGGCCGGCGAAACUACCUCGUCCUGCAUCGUCACGGCUCCCUUCGCCCGUGACCUUGAGAGUUAUCAUUCGAUUGAAGAGCUGUUGCGAUGCUUCCGGGACGUUAUCAAAGGUCACUACUUUUUGUAUCAUGAUGGUAAGAUCCUCCAUCGGGAUAUCUCGGUGGCAAACAUCAUGAUCAACAAUUACAAGAACAGCCCAGAUGUACCAUGCGGUAUACUCAUUGACCUCGACCGUUCCCUAGACCUUGAGACUGAGCCGAAGAAACCGUACAACUUGCAGGGUACGAAGGCAUUUAUGGCUAUCGGCAUAUUACGGCACAAGGAUUAUAUUCUGCACACCUAUCGCCACGACCUAGAAUCGAUCUUCUACGUCUUCCUAUACUUGGCAGUCUGCCACAACAAAAUGCUUCCCAAGACCAGCCGGCUAAGGCGUUGGAUGGACGCGGAAAAAAGCUGGGCCGAGAUGGGCAACAUCAAGCGGGAGGACAUGUCAGACAACAAAAAUUUCAACGCCAUCAUUGACGAGUUUGAACCGUUGGGGUUCAGACAACUUGAGGCUUUGGCACGACAACUGCGCUCAAUUCUGUUUUUCCCAGACAAGGAGUUUUUCGUGGGCACAAAGACUGAAGCGGAGGAUGUUCUCAAACUUUACAAUGAAAUGAUUGUUGCCUUUGCGAGGUGGGCAGAUAAAUUAGAUAUCAGUGGUGUGGUUUGGUGA